AGCGGGGCUGCUGCCGGCGCUCGCUGCGGUCUGAGGCUUGGGACUGAAUCCUCAGGGUGCCGGGCCGGCCGCGAGCCCCCGCAUCCUCAGCGAGAGGCCCCGUUGGGGUCCUCCCCGCCCUCCAGCAGCACCUCUCCGGGCUGCGCCCGACCGCGCGGGAGAUGGCUGCGGGGAUGCGGAGCAAGGACUCUUCCCGCUGUCUGCUGCUCCUGGCCGCGGUGCUGAUGGUGGAGAGCUCCCAGCUCGGCAGCUCGCGGGCCAAGCUCAACUCCAUCAAGUCCUCCCUGGGCGGCGAGACGCCUGCCCAGGCCGCCAAUCGAUCUGCGGGCAUAUACCAAGGACUGGCUUUCAGCGGCAGUAAGAAGGGCAAAAACCUGGGGCAGGCCUACCCGUGCAGCAGUGACAAGGAGUGCGAAGUCGGCAGGUACUGCCACAGCCCCCACCAGGGCUCCUCGGCCUGCAUGGCGUGUCGCAGGAAGAAGAAGCGCUGCCACCGGGACGGCAUGUGCUGCCCUGCCACCCGCUGCAACAAUGGCAUCUGCAUCCCGGUCACUGAGAGCAUCUUGACGCCUCACAUCCCAGCUCUGGACGGCACUCGGCACCGGGAUCGAAACCACGGCCACUACUCGAACCACGACUUGGGGUGGCAGAACCUAGGAAGACCACACACGAAGAUGUCACAUAUAAAAGGGCACGAGGGAGACCCCUGCCUCCGCUCCUCAGACUGCGUGGACGGGUUUUGCUGCGCGCGUCACUUCUGGACCAAAAUCUGCAAGCCCGUGCUGCACCAGGGCGAGGUCUGCACCAAGCAGCGCAAGAAGGGCUCGCACGGGCUGGAGAUCUUCCAGCGCUGUGACUGCGCCAAGGGCCUGUCGUGUAAAGUGUGGAAGGACGCCACCUACUCCUCCAAGGCCAGGCUCCACGUGUGCCAGAAGAUCUGACCGCCGCCCGCGGGGCCGCCCGCAGACCGUGAGCCUGUGUGCUCAACACGUGAUGGCAUGGGGGGGGCAGACCCGGAGCUCAGCGGGACGGCCGGCGUCAGGAUAGGGGUCCCAGCAGGGAGGAAGAGAGAAGCAAGGGGACGGAAGGGCGACUGACCUAGGACAGCCGAUGUGUUUCCAUUACGCAACUCGUUUAUGUAAAUAAUGUACACGCGCGUGGCAACGCUAUUACUGAAGGAAAAGCACACGGUGAAAAUCACUGAGGGGACACCAGUGACUUUGCAGGAGGCUGGGUGGCGCUGGGGGACAGGGUCCCUGCAGAUUGGUGAUUGCCUCUGAAAAUAACCAAGAAGCCAUAGUUCUGUUGCAAGUGACAGUGUAACACAAAGAGCCCCGUGCCCUGGCGCCCGGCAGGCUCUGAAACAGGAAGAGUCCCAUACCAGAGAAAGCGCAGGUCACAGCUGACGCGCGACACAGAAGCAUCUUGUAAUCCCUACUGCGGAGCCCCCCUUCUGCUACUGGCAACCCCCCUCCCAGCCCCCAAAAGAAAGGCAGUCAAGGCCUGUAGAAAAUCUGGUUUUCCCUGCAACUGCCCAUUUACAUUUUUCCAGAUUUGCGUUUCACCCGCAGUCAGGAGACCCGGUAUAAGGCAAAACGCCCGCUCCGGCUGCAAGGGAGUCAGGCCUGUGUCGGCGGCGGGGGCUCCGGCCUGCGCCUCGUCUGGGACUAGCGCGGAAGAGCAAGUGCACAGAGUGGAGCGUCCCUCAGAUGGGUAAGACGUAGGAGACAAAUGUCCUAAUAGGAAGAUCUUUUUUUUUGAAGUCUCGGCAUCCCGUUUUGAUAGACUUAGUGACUACGCAUGUUCCUGACAUACUCUGCAGAAUGACAGGGGAAAGCUGGCAGCAGAGACCCCGCCGUCCUGAGCCGAGGCCACAGGACGCCGGGAGCUCGCCAGGCGCCCAGCUUCGGGCCGCGGCAGCUCCCCUGUCUGAGGCACACGCUCUCUUCUUCCUUGAAGCCCCAGCCGGCGCGGCCUCCAUGGGAGGCUUUCCAAGGGAUUCGUAUUUAACAUUUACCACGCAGAUGAGUUCAGUGCGAGCUCUCGUGACCUCAAAAUAUUUAUUUUACACUUGUGAGGCCCUCAGCAAAGCUUACUGUGAGGAAUGGACCCCGAGGAGGCAGGGCAGCCAGGCUGUAAUGGUCCCAUGUUUUCGGCAUCAGACUUUCCCUACAAUGGCUGUUGCCAAAGAGAUAGUUCGUUUGCUGCAGCCACUAAGAUUUAAAAUACAAAUGAACUAAACUACAAAGGCUACACGUAUCACUGAUCUAUAGAAGUCAAGGUUCUAAAUUCCUUGAAACCAUUUUAUUAAUUUUUCUUUACUUGGUUCUAAAUAUUCUGGCUAGAGCAUAAAGAACAGGUAUCUUGUAGUUCUUACUUUUGACCUUUUCUUCUUAGACUGCAAGACACUCCUUAACAUUCUUUUAAUCCACCUGCUGUCGCCAACUCAAGUUCUCCCAGUAGAAACUGAACCCGAGCCUGCCUGUCUAUUAAGAAAUCCAGCUCCCCAUAUCCAUUUCCCAGGAGGGUUCAGGUGGCCAUUGUCCCGCACGCCUGCUAAAAUAACAAUCAUAAGCUAAUUUAUGCAAGAUGCAAACUCCGUCCAAACAGGCUUCUCUCAGCUUGGUAACGUGAACAUGGGGCAUUUUGGUCAGAUGUUUCCUGUGCAGCAGUUACAUUUACAGUCUGGUUUCUGCAUUAUUUUCCUUAUGUACAUCCCUUCAAAAAUUAUUAUUUGAAGUAAUUUAUUUACAGGAAAUGUUAUGAGAUGUAUUUUCUUAUAGAGAUAUUUCUUACAGAAAGCUUUGUAGCAGAAUAUAUUUGCAGCUAUUGACUUUGUAAUUUAGGGGAAAUGUAUAAUAAGAUAAAAUAUAUUAAAUUUUCUUUCUCUGAAAACUGAAUUCAAAUCUGUGUUUU